AUGAAUCCACACAUAUCUGUGCCCCGUCAACAUGCGGGUCCUGCACACUUUGGUUCCACGCCCAGCCGCGGAUCGAACAUGCGCAUGCCGCGAUUCUUCAAGAGACUUUUCAAAUUCCCUCAGAUGGAUUUUGAAAUGGCCAUCUGGGAAAUGACAUCCUUGCUCAUUGCGCCAAAGAAGGUUUUCAAGUCUAUAUACUACCAUAAACAAACGAAAAACACAUGGCACCGCCCAGAUCCCUCAUUUACAUACCUCCUCUCCUUCUUCCUUCUUCUCACGGCCAUCGCCUGGGGUCUCGCGUACUACCCAUCCUUUGGCACAAUUAUGCACCUCUCCUUCAACUUCAUCUUCCUCCAUUUCAUCGGAUCCUCCCUUCUCAUCUCGACCAUUGGCUACUUUGCCAUUGGCAAGCUCUUUGGUCCCAACGGUGCCGCCGCCUCUCUCAAGGGUCUUCGUGGAUCCCGUGCCCGCCGGCGUGGUGCUGCCCAGGGACUCUUUGUGCAACCGGGCGAGAAAGAUCAACUCGAGUUCGGAUACUGCUUCGAUGUCUCCAACCGCGCCUUUUUCCCGCUGUAUCUGCAUCUGUAUGUGGUGCAGUUCCUGCUCCUCCCAUUAUUAACUCGCUCACCGAGUGAUUUCUUGGCCACGUUCUUGGGAAAUUCGCUUUACCUGUCCGCUCUGGUCUACUACACCUAUAUCACAUUUUUGGGAUACAACGCGUUGCCAUUCUUGCAUAACACGGAGCUCUUGCUGGUCCCGAUUUUGAUUCUUGCAAUUCUGUGGCUCAUCAGUUUGAUUGCGGGAUGGGGUGUUGUCAUGCAGGGCCACAGCGUGGAAUGGUUGUUUUGGGGGAUCCCAGACUCUAAAACCUGA